AUGGCGCGGGCCGAGCCGCCGGCCGCGGCCUUCGAGCGGCGCGUGCUGCGGAGCGCGGCGGAGCACCACUACCUGCGCGUGCGCCUGGAGCUGCCGGACGGCGGGGCCCGCCCGAGCGCCGCGCAGUUCAAGCAGCUGGUGGUGUCGGCGCUGAGGGAGCUGCACGGAGAGGUUGGAGCAGCUUUGCCUGUUGAUGUCUUAACAUAUGAGGAAAAAACUUUGUCAGCCAUAAUAAGAGUUAUUAGCAGUGGCCUCAUCAAGCUGUGGAGUGCUCUAACAUUGCUGGGCUUCUACCAGAACAGGAGGUGUGCCUUUCGAGUGCUGCAGAUAUCUCCAUUUCUUCUCGCCUUAUACGGCAACAGUAGAGAACUAGUCCUGGACUGAAUGUAGUUGUUGGGUUGGUUGUACAAAGCAGA